AUGUCAAGAGUCUCAGCUGAUCUUCAGUGGUUAUGUAUUCGCAAAACGUCAUCGUUUAUUCGCCGACAACGUGGAGUUCCAAAACAUUUUAGUACGGAGAAGUUUAAUUUGAAAGGAUUGAAUAGUAUUCGUUAUAAUGGAUUAGUACAUAAGAAAGGGAUAAAUAUAGAAGUAUCACCCGAUGGAAAAGGAAUCAUUCUUUCGACGAAAAAAAAACGUCAACCACUAUCUGUCCGUCGAGGAAAGCGUUCACGUAAAAUGGAUGUGAAGCUUCAAUAA